AAAAGGUUGGUUGGGGUAAGGAAGAAAACAUCCUAGAAUUGCUCCUUUUUUAACAUGUUGUUUAAAGAUAUUAUGACACAUCUUUUAUGAAACUAGUAUUACAAUAUAUAUAAGUCGAGGUUUUUUGAGGUGUAAUCUUUUUUUUUCUAAUCAAUAAACCUCUUUAUGGUUGCAUAAACUCACUAGAACCCAAUUAAAUAUACCUUUUUAUAAGUUGUUCGAGUGAAUUAACGGAAAGAUCAAAAUCUGAUUUUAAGAACUGUCUUCUUGUACGUCUCUUUUAGCCAUACUCAAGAUCAUAUGUAAGCUAAUUGUAAAUUACAUAGUCUGCUACUCUGGGUUUUUUAUUUUUAUAUUCGUAAGAGUGCUGAUGUUUUAGAAUAAGUUUUUUGAAGUAAUUCAAACAGAUUUUUCAACUACUAUCUCAAAAAUGGCAAACGACAAAGAGAAACCCUUACGAAUAUUGUUGGUUGACUGUUACGACUCCUACACCUUUAAUGUACAUGAUUUAAUUCAGCGUGUUUCUAGUGAGUGCACUAUUACUACUGUACAUUGGGAUACAGCUCGUCCUGAUCUAUGGGAUCGUCUUAACUGUUUCGAUGCCAUUUUUAUAGGACCUGGUCCCGGAAACCCAUCUGAAUAUGCUUUCGUUUUUGAAAAAAUAUGGAACUCUGAUGUACCGACGCUGGGGAUUUGCUUGGGCUUUCAAUCCCUUGCUUUGUAUUAUGGAUGUUCAGUAGACAAAAUGCCUACACUUCCGUGGCAUGGAAGGGCUUCUAGCAUACGUACUACGAAUGAUUCUAUAUAUCAAAAUUUGCCUUUGGUCAAAGGGAUGCGGUAUCACAGUUUGUAUGUUGAUUCUAUUCCUACUAAUGCUCUUCGAGUCCUUGCAAAGUCAACAGAAGAUCAAAUUAUUAUGGCAAUUGAAGCAGUAGAAAAACCACAUUAUGGAAUUCUUUAUCAUCCAGAAAGCAUAGGUUCUUCUGAUGCCGUUAGCAUUGUGAGAAAUUUCUUUAAUGUUGUUAGGAAGUCUAGAAUGAAGAACCAGUCUACAGCUUCAAGGGUGACAGGAUUUGAUGCCCUAGAAAUUCAACCAUCCCCUUUCAUCAAAAAUCCAGGAAUCCCUACAAUGAGAAUCUCUAGUCAAGAGAUACCAUGGGUAGAUCCUCUGACGGUUGUCGAUUAUCUAAUCAAUGUGAACAAGCCAAUUUGUUUUUUGGAUUCAGCUAAGAAACCAGGGAAAUUUUCUAUUGUUGGCUUUUUUGAUGGCCCUUUCUCCCAUUUUAUUCGUUACAAAAAGUCGAUUAGUACUACGUAUAUUGUGAAUUGUCACAACAAUCGCGAGGAGAAGUAUGAAGGAGAUUUUUGGGAAAUAGUUGCGAAAUUUAUGGAUCAGCAUAAAGCCUUUCCUAUCGAUUCUAAACUACCGUUUCAUGGCGGCAUUAUCGGAGCAAUUGGCUACGAGUGUAGCGACUAUUCUUCCAGGUCCAUAGCCGAAAUAUCAUCGUUCGCAGAUAGUGCAGAAAGAAAUGAAAAGAAUUAUGUUGAUGCUGAGCUUGCGUUUGUCGAUAGAUCGAUUGUAUUUGAUCUAGAAGAUAAAAAGGCGUAUGUUCAGACAUUGCACCCUACAGAUGAUCGCUUACAUAUCUGGUGGAAAGAUUUACUAUGCGAUCUUGAAAAAUUUAAUAAACGUACAACAAAACCUCAUGGUUGUGGAUCAACAACGAAAAAACCGACUGAGCAAGAUUAUACUGACCGCGUUCGUGUAUGUCAAGAAAAAUUACUAGCUGGCGACUCCUAUGAAAUGUGCUUAACAGAUACUACGUUUGCCUCUACUGAUCCAUAUCUUUCAGACUAUGACUUGUAUCUGCAAGUCCGUUCACAUAACCCUUCAUCUUUUGCCGGGUUUCUUCGUUUUCCCCAUUUAACCUUACUAUGCUGCUCACCAGAAAGAUUUAUGAAAUACGAAAAUUCAACGUGUCAUUUUUCUCCUAUUAAGGGUACUCUAAAAAAAGGUCCACAAAUGACCUACGAAGAAGCAAGAAGUAAAUUAUUAAAUCCCAAGGACACAGCAGAAUUGAAUAUGAUUAUAGAUCUCAUUCGAAAUGAUUUACAUCAAUUGGCGAAGAAAGGUUCAGUUGAAGUUCCUCAACUAUAUCAAGUUGAAGAGCAUCCAACUGUUUACUCCCUUCUUUCGCAUAUUUACGGCCAGGUAGACAAAUCUGUAACCGCGUGGGAUGUUUUAGCGAAGUGUUUCCCUCCCGGAUCCAUGACAGGUGCUCCUAAGUUAAGAACGGUUCGAAUGCUUGAGGAAUUGGAACCUCAUGGUCGUGGGAUAUACUCUGGAACUCUAGGAUACUGGGACGUUACUGGAUCAUCAGAAUUUAACGUGGUAAUUCGAUCAGCUUUUAAAUACGAUGAAGAUAAUCUUUGGAGAAUAGGGGCUGGUGGUGCGGUAACCGUCUUAAGUACUCCAUUAGGUGAAUACGAAGAGAUGCUGUUAAAAGUUAACAGCAUUUUACCUGCCUUAUGUUCGUUUGGUCCUGGUCGAGAAGGUUAUUAAUAGCGAAUUAGCAAACUGAUUAAUUUAUGCAAUUGGAUAGAUAAUUAGAAUAAAAUUAAGGGCGAUGGUGGAAAACAGA